AUGGUGACUCCGAUGAUGAUAUUGAAGCUACUCUUUUUGACAAUCCUCACCGAUAACCUGGAGACUUCCUUCCAAACCACCAUUUCGGUCAUCCAGGACCACCACAACCACCCAGUGGCUUAUAAGCUCAAAGGAGGUGCUUCUACUUGGUGGGAGCAAUUACAAGCUAAUCGAAUAAAAGAAGGGAAGGAACCCGUUAGAUCUUGGCACAGGAUGAAACAACUCUUGAAGGCUCGUUUCUUACCUGAGAACUAUGAUCAAAUACUUUAUGAGCAAUAUAAUAGUUGUCAACAAGGCACUAGAACGGUGAAUGAAUAUACAACAGAGUUCUUUCGGCUUAGCUUACAGGAAACAGAGAGGCAGCAAGUAGCGAGGUACAUACAUGGUCUUCAAAAGCCAAUUAGAGAAAAGCUACAUCUGAGCCCAAUUGCCAACCUCAAUGCCGCUGUUAAUUUGGCCAACCGAGUAGAGAAACAAAUGACACUGCCAGACUCAACUACAAGACCCCCACACAACUGGAAACCAAUUUCUGAUUUCUACACCGAUAAGUCCAAGCAGUACCACCCUCAUCCUAAGGUGUCAAAUUCUACUAAUCCCAUUUUUAAACAACACCAAGAUUAUAAUGCCAAAGUUGCAGCAGAGACACCUAUGACUCCCACACACAAUACCCAUCCAGUCAAGCCUUCCAAUUACCCAACGACCGACCCAUAUGCUAAACCAUAUCCCAUUAAGUGCUUCAAAUGCAAUCAGGUGGGGCAUCGGUCAAGUGAAUGUCCUCAAAAGAAACUUAUGCACAUGCAUGAAGAAGUGGAUGAUUAUGGAGGUGAAGAUGAAUAUGAUGGGGCUGAUUUGAUUAAGGCCACUGAAGAAGUUAGUGGGGAAGAUAUUGAUGGGGACCCAAUCGUAUGCAUUUUACAGAAAGUUCUCUACUCAGCUAAAAGGUACACUCCUACUCAAAGACACAUUCUUUUUAAAACUAAAUGUACCAUAAAUGGCAAGAUAUGUGAGGUUAUAAUAGAUGGGGGAGGUACCGAAAAUGUUGUUUUUAAGGCUUUGGUUGCUACUUUGAACCUACCUACUAAACCACAUCCAAAGCUAUACAAAAUUGGAUGGGUCAAGCAAGAUUCAGACAUUAAGGUUCAAGAAAUGUGCAAUUUGACUUUCUCCAUUGGAAACAACUACGUAGACACCAUAGAUUAUGAUGUGAUUAAGAUGAAUGCUUGUCACUUGCUGUUGGGAAGACCAUGGUUGUUCGAUAGAGAUGUACAACAUAAUGGGAGGAAAAAUACUUACUCUUUUAUUUGGCAUAAUAAGAAGAUUGUUCUUUUGCCACCUUCUUCCCAAGCUGAGAAUUCUACAAAAAAACACAAUGCCAAACAACCAUCCAACCACCCUUCCCGAGACCACACCCUCAUUGCUGAUGUUAACCAUUUUCCAAUCCACACCACCUCAAUCCUAGCCCUCAUCCUCAAAGAUAGCCAGACUCCCAAUACCAACCUAGUUCCUCUGGCUGUUCAAGCUUUCUUAACAGAGUAUAGUGAUUUAUCUCCUGAUGAAUUACCAAAUGAGCUGCCACCUUUAAGAGAUAUUCAACAUAAUAUUGAUCUCAUACCUGGAGCUAGAUUACCAAAUCUUUCACACUAUCGUAUGAGUCCCAAAGAGCAUGCUAUUCUUCAAGAAAUUGUGGAUGAUCUGCUCACUAAGAACUUGAUCAGGCCUAACCUUAGUCCAUGUGCCGUUCCAGCCUUUUUGCCCCAGCAAGACAGUUUCAAUUUGCUGAAAAAGAAGCUCACUAAUGCUCCUGUUUUGCCACUCCCGAACUUUGAUAAAGUCUUUGAGGUUGAGACAGAUGCUUUUAAAGUGGGCAUUGGAGCUGUCCUAACUCAAAAAGGAUGCCCACUUGAAUUCUUUAGUGAGAAGCUUUGCCCUGCCAGACAAAAAUGGUCCACUUAUGAGCAAAAAUUGUAUGCUGUCAUUAGAGCUUUUGAUCACUGGGAACAUUACCUGAUUCAAAAAGACUUUAUUUUACAUAAAAGUCAUCGAAACAUAGUUGCUGAUGCUCUUAGUCGUAAAUAUACCUUGCUCAUUGUUCUUAAGUUCAAUUUGGAAGAUUUUGCUCAUCUCAAAGACUUGUAUUCAACAGAUGAAGAUUUCUUUUUCAUCUGGGAACAGUGUCAAUUUCAUAAUGCCAUGGGAGAUUACCACAUCACUGAGGGAUUUCUGUUUAAGGGAGACCAACUUUGCAUUCCUAGAACUUCUCUUCGUGAUUUCAUUAUACAUGACCUUCAUUUGGGCGAUCCAGCUACCCAUGCCGGUCGUGACAAAACAAUUGCAGCUGUCACUCACCAUUUCUUUUGGCCAAAGAUGAAAGCUCAAAUUGCCUCCUAUGUUGCCUGUUGCCCUGUGUGUCAAAUUGCCAAAGGCCAAUCUCAAAAUACAGGUCUGUACACCCCUUUGCUAGCCCCUACCACCAUCUGGGAAGGCCUCUCCAUGAAUUUUGUUCUAGGCCUUCCAAUGACGGUCCGCCAUGUUGACUCCAUUUUUGUUGUGAUCGAUCGUUUCUCCAAGAUGGCUCAUUUUCUUCCUUGCAAGAAAGCAUCUGAUGCAAGUUACAUUGCCCACUUGUUCUUUCGUGAAGUAAUCCAUCUGCAUGGCAUUCCAAAAUCAAUAACAUCUGACCGUGAUGUUAAAUUUGUUAGCCAUUUCUAG